AUGGCGUAUGGUGUCGUGUUGGUAGUGGUGCUAGCUGUUUCCAUAGCAAUAAAUGGCCAACAGGAUUAUAAAUACGACACUCUUCUCUCUGAGGUUUCUGCUCUGAAGAAAUCUAUUUCCAACUUGAAUGCCGAAAUGGAAAAACUCCGGGAGCGGAAUGAUGACAUGAGCGAGAAGCUAAGGGCAGUCAUGAGUUGUCAACGUCCGCCGAACCGGAAUAUCGACGAUCAUCUACCGGGAGAGGGAAGUAAAGAAAAAAGUGAUAUGCUGCACAAAAGAUCUGCAUACACUCCAUCAUUUCACUUGCCCCUGAACAUUUCCAGAGUAGCACUAGGACAAAAGGGUGAAAAAGGAAACUCGGGUAUCCAGGGACCGAAAGGGGACAGCGGGACACCUGGCCCCCAAGGAAUUAAGGGAGACCCUGGACCGGUCGGACCUACACUAUUGCAAGAACAGAUUGGCAAUAAGGGGGUUCAAUCAAAGAUCGCGUUUUCAGCCAGGCUAUUGUAUGCAGUUACACAUAUCGGACAAGGACGAGCUAUUGUGUUUGAUGAAAUAAUUCUAAAUAUCGGACAAGACUACGACCCGUCUUCCGGCAUUUUUCAGUGUAGUAUACCCGGUAUAUACGUGUUCACGUGGUCAAUAGAGGUAAACGCCUCCAAUUCACUGAUAACAGGGAUAUACGUGAAUGGACAGUCAAGACAAUUUCAGUUUGUAGCCGGCUCAUCUUAUAACAUUAACAGUGGUUCUAGCACUAUCGUAUUGGAAUUAACCGGCGGUGACACGGUGUUCAUUGGUGCAUUUAGAACCCCGUCACAUGAUACAGUUGUUGAAUCGGAGUCUUCCCUUUUUUCCGGAUAUCUUCUCAGCUAAA